AUGACCACCACCGACGGCAACGCCAGCGAUGACAAAGGGCCGAUGAUCCUCGCGGUUCUGUGGGCUUUGACAGGCCUCACGACCGUGCUUGUCAUAGCGCGCAUGUAUAUCCGAUCGAGUCUGCUACACAAUCUGGGAGCAGAUGACUGGCUGAUUGCCGCAUCGCUGACCAUGGGCCUUAUCUACUGCGGAAUCACAACUGCAAAUGUGGAAAUGGGAUACGGGAAGCAUGCCUGGCUACUGAGCGAAAGAACCGUGGAAAAGGCCACUCUUCUCAACUGUUUGAGCUUCCUUUUCGGCAUCAUUUCCUUCACAGUUCCCAAGUUGGCAGUGACCGCGAUGCUGAAUCGCAUCCUCAACCCGAAUCUCAUCCAGCGCGUGUAUCUCUGGUCGCUGACGAGUCUCACCGCUGUGGUAUCGGGCAUCUGUAUCAUCGUGUUGUUUACAAUGUGCGAUCCGCCUAAGGCACUGUGGCAGUCGCAUCUAGUGACGGAGGGGAAGGCGACUUGCAAGGAUGUGUGGAUCCUGAUUGACUAUGCUAUUUUCACUGGGGCUCUAUCCGCAUUUGUCGAUCUCACGCUGGCCAUCUACCCCAGCACGGUCCUAAUGAAACUCCACAUGUCGUUGCGAAAACGCCUGGCAUUAUGUGCAGCGUUAAGUCUGGGUGCAGUUGCCUCCGCAAUGGCCAUCAUCAAAUGCACUCAACUAAAAGGCCUCGCCGACAAAACCGACUACACCUACGGAACCGCCGACCUAGUCAUGUGGACCAACAUCGAAUCCAACGUCGUAAUCAUCGCCUCCUGCAUCCCCACCCUCCAACCCGUCCUCGAACUCAUCCUCGGCCGCCGAACCACCAGCUCCUACAACAACAGUCGCAACAAAUACAAAGGCAGUUCACAACUCCCGGACUCUUCCUUGGAUCAUAGCAAGAUGUCGAAACCGCGCAAACCAGAUUACGAGAUUACAACGGUGGGCAGUCAGGAGAGUAUCCUUCGGGAUGAUACGCCGCGAGUGGUGGAAAGUCAUCCGAUGGGGGCGAUUCGUCGGACGGAUAAUGUGACGGUGGAAUAUGAGAGUCGGUCGGGGGAGGAGGCAGAGCCGGAACCGGUGCCUAGGACGUCGUGGUGAUUUUUUUUUUUUGUUUUCGGGUUAAUAUUGUUCUGGGUGUUAGAUUAGAUGAAAAGACUUCUUGUUUGUCUGCAUUAGUG